GUGUGUGUGUGUUUUACAGAUCUCUCUUUCUCUGCCAUGCUUUCUGUCCCUCUUUCUUUUCAAGCAUGUUAAUGGGUUCCUGGUUGCCUAGGUAACUAUUAUGGGACACCCAAGCCACCCGUCCAGCCUCUCAGUAGGACAGUGAUUACCCAUGAUGCUUUGCGACACAGUUGCACUAGUUCCCAGAAGUGCUGCGAUCGCGUGAAGCAUGCAGGAGUAGAGCAGACAGUGCUGCAGGAGGAUGCAGACAUGAACAACACGCUUACAGAGUUCUUAGCUUGUAGUCUCUUCCCCUCUCCCCUGCUGUGCACAGGAGACUCCAGACGGCCCGAGGUGCGAGACAAUGCCCCCAGCUACAUGCUGAACAACAUGGCCACCUCGCCGCCGGGCCUUCCUCCAGACCAGGACCCGCUCGGAGCGCUGCCGGAUAACUGGGAGAUGGCCUACACCGAGAGCGGAGAGAUCUACUUCAUCGACCACAACACAAAAACCACCUCGUGGAUGGACCCUCGAUGUCAGGACAAACAGCCGAAGCCUCUGGAGGACUGUGAAGACGAUGAAGAGGGUGUACAUACAGAAGAGCUGGACCAUGAUCUCGGUACGUCUCUCCCCUCGCCUGCGCCAGAGCUGCCUCCUGGCUGGGAGAAGAUCGACGACCCAGUGUACGGAGUCUAUUAUGUGGAUCACGUUAACCGUAAGACGCAGUACGAGAACCCGGUCCUGGAGGCGCGGAGGCAGAAGCAACUGGACGUUCAGCAGUCGCCGGAGGACGGACGCUACAUCAGAGAAUGGAUAGAGGAGCACUCGUCCGCUGGAGCUGCGAUCGGCUCUUAUGUGCCCAGUCACCUGGAGACAUACAGAGAUCCUCAGAGCAGUGCGUCGGCCCCUCAGGCCCCGGGCCCCAGGCGAGGGAAGCCGUUCUUCACCCGUAAUCCAGCCGAACUCAAGGGGACCUUCAUAAGCACGAAGCUGCUGAAGAGCCGGCGAGGCUUCGGCUUCACUGUGGUCGGCGGAGAUGAACCGGACGAAUUCCUGCAGAUCAAGAGUCUGGUGCUGGACGGACCGGCCGCUGUGGACGGAAAGAUGGAGACAGGCGAUGUCAUCGUCAGUGUGAACGACACAAUCGUGCUGGGCUACACUCACGCUCAGGUGGUGAAGAUCUUCCAGUCCAUCCCCAUCGGCUCCAUGGUCCAGCUGGAGCUGUGUCGCGGCUACCCUCUGCCCUUCGACCCCGACGACCCCAACACCAGCCUGGUGACCUCAGUGGCCAUCCUGGACAAAGAGCCCAUCAUAGUGAACAGUCAGGAGGGCUUCGAGGCCGUGGCCGUCCUGGGACCCGGUGUCUCCGGGGCUCCUGAACCCGUCUCAGACAUCGCUCUGAUGGGGCCGGCUUACACCAGCGACGUGGUCACACUGGCGUCCUCCAUCGCCACGCAGCCCGAGCUGAUCACGGUCCACAUCGAGAAGGGAGACAAGGGCUUGGGCUUCACCAUCGCAGACAGUCUGGCAGGCGGAGGACAGAAGGUGAAGCAGAUCGUGGAUUACCCACGCUGCCGAGGGCUGAAGGAGGCCGACAUCCUGCUGGAGGUCAACAAGAGGAGCGUGCAGGGCAUGAGCCACAACCAGAUCGUCGACCUCCUCAACAAAUGUCCUCGAGGGAGUGAAGUUACUCUGCUGGUGCAAAGAGGAGUCCUGCAGCCCAAGAGAAGCCCCAAAGUGCUGCAGUUGGAAAGGAAAGACAGUCAGGGCAGCUCUCAGCACAGCAUAUGCAGUCACCGCAGCACACACACAGACUCACCUGGCCGUCCGGAGCCCAUCAUGCCCACUGACACCCUGGGGGGCCCUCCGCCCGUGCCACCUCCUCCCACCCAGCCACUGCCUGUCCUGCCCACCUUUGACACCUCUGGAGCCAAUGGGACUCUCCAGAAGAAACCGGACCCCUUCAAGAUCUGGGCACAGUCCAGGAGCAUGUACGAGAGCCGGGUACCAGACUCUCAAGAACAAGACAUCUUCCUCUGGAGGAAGGACACAGGCUUUGGCUUCCGUAUCCUGGGGGGAAGUGAACCCGGAGAACCGAUCUACAUAGGGCACAUAGUGAAGUACGGCUCCGCGGAUGAGGACGGCCGCCUGCGCUCCGGAGACGAGCUCAUCUGUGUCGACGGCACGGCGGUGGUGGGAAAGUCUCAUCAGCUGGUGGUGCAGCUCAUGCAGCAGGCGGCUAAACAGGGUCACGUCAACCUCACCGUCCGCCGAAAAAACACUUGCGGAGGGCGUAAGGGCGAGGCGGACGUGCCGCCGUCCCCGGCCUCCUCUCACCACAGCAGCACGCAGGCGGCGUCGCUGACGGAGGAGAAGCGCACACCGCAGGGCAGUCAGAACUCGCUCAACACCGUGAGCUCGGGCUCCGGCAGCACCAGUGGCAUCGGCAGCGGCGGAGGCGGCGGCAGCGGCAGCACUGUGGUCAACAUGACCCCCGCCGCCCUGCAGCCCUACCACGUGGAGAUCCAGCGCGCAGAGAACGAGGGCUUCGGCUUCGUCAUCGUGUCGUCCGUGUCGCGUUCUGACGCCGGCUCCUCCUUCGCGGGGAACACGGCCAUGCCUCAUAAAAUAGGCCGGAUCAUUGAGUGCAGUCCGGCCGACCGCUGUGGGAAGCUGAAGGUGGGUGAUCGGAUCCUGGCGGUCAACGGCUGCUCCAUCACCAACAAAUCACACUCAGACAUCGUCAACCUCAUCAAAGAGGCCGGCCACGCCGUCUCGCUGCGCAUCAUACCCGGAGACGAGACGUCAAACGCAUCGCUCCUGACCAACGCAGAGAAGAUCGCCACCAUCACCACUACACACACACCUCAGAGCAACACAGAGCCCAGCAGGAAUAACAAACCCAAAGCCGCUCUGCCGCAGCCAGCAGCCUUCAGUCAGGAGGCAGAGUAUUACUCUGUUGAUCUGGAGAGGGGGAGUAAAGGUUUCGGCUUCAGUCUGAGAGGCGGUAAGGAGUACAACAUGGAUCUGUACGUGCUGCGAUUAGCUGAGGAUGGAGCCGCUGUCAAGAAUGGCAAGAUGAGGGUUGGUGAUGAAAUACUGGAGAUCAAUGGUGAAAGUACAAAAAAUAUGAAUCAUUCUCGUGCCAUUGAGCUGAUUAAGACUGGUGACAGAAGAGCUCGACUGGUGCUGAAGAGAGGAGACGGAUCCGUCCCAGAGUAUGACGGCCCAAAUGACAGCUACUCUCCCUCACCCAGGCCACAAAAUAAUUCGGAAGUGAGGGCCUUGCUAGCCAGUGGCCCCUUUCAUCAUCCGUCCGAGUCCAGCUAUACAUCAGAGCAUCCCACACCAUCCCAGCCCAAGCAGCACCAAACUAAAGACAGGCAGCAUGAUCAGACGAGAGAACCAGAGAGGGACAGCAGAACAGGACUGUACUCGAGCGCUCCACAACACCCUUUCAGGAACAACCGUCCCAGCCCCUCGCCGUCCCCCGACAGCAAAAACAACUCCCACCGCAAGGUCAAGAAGUCCGAGUCAGAGAGCGGCAUUGCCAAGCUCUUCAAAACACUGAGGAAAGAGGGCGGAUUUGGGAGGAAAACGUCCAACCAGGAUCUCCUGAGGCGAGGCCGCAAACCCUCCACAGACGCGCAGAGUAGUGCGGGGUCUCAGGUGCGCAGCGGGUCCUUGGAUCGCUCCUCCUCCCGGAAGCACAACACCUCUCCAGACCGCCGCAGGGCUAAGUCUGUGGACCGCCGAACAACACGCUCAUAUAAAGAUCAGUCCCCUGAGCGAAGCUAUCAAGCCUCUUCCCAGGACCUGCUGUGCCAGAUCUCCACUCCAGAAAGGCUUGUCCGGCCCCAGAAAGAGCCCCAAACACCCCACAGGAACUACAGCAAACAGGGCUCCUUCACAUCCACCCCUGAACGAUCCCACAAACCCACGGCCCACACUCUCACUCGCACACCUGAACGUGGUCUAAAGAACAGGAACAUUCUGCUCAACAGCUCUCCGUCCAGUCAAGCUGAGAGACAGGGAUACUUCAUCAACGGAGCCUCGGAACGAUGUUUCCGCAGGAGAUCGGACAGCAGCAGCGAUGGAAGUUACCUGGAAGAGGGCACGGCUCCACAGCUGAGGGAUUAUUACAACGCACUGAAAGCCAGCAGUGUGAACGGGAGCGGCGUGGGCCUCGGCCUCAUCCCGAUCUCUCCGAGCAAGAGACGGCUUUACAAGGAGAACCACGCAGACCUCAGCAUCUGAGCUCAACCAGACUGAGCUUCACCACAGCAAAACAAGGCUCCUUUUUCUAGUUUGUUUUUAUAUGUUGUGUUGCGAGUGAGAUCCAUGUUUUGUUAAAAGACACACACUUUUCUUUUCUUUUUCCCUUUUUUUAAAUGUGUCUACUUUGCAUCUCCUCUUUUCUCCAAAUGGAGAUUUACUGAACCAGAGCACAAGCAUUCAACAUUUGUUUCUUUGUUUGUACAUUUUAAAAAAUGUGUGGCGAAACCUGGACUCAGACUAUGAUGCUACUGUUUAAUUGAGUAAUAUAUAUUUAAGCUGUAUAUUUAUUUUUAAUAACUGAAAUGUAACUUGAUAGGAUGUCCAGAUGAGAAAAGCAUCAUUCAGUCUUGCUCUGUUGUAAUUUAUCUGACUUUGUUAGUCCUAACACUGCACUGGACUGAGGCAUGAGCCGCCCGUUAGCAAAAAAAAAAAAAAAAAAAAAAAGGGAAAAAAUGAAGGCAGAAAAUAUUAUGUUAUUAUGUUGUCUCCGUAAUCACCAGAACUUAGUCUAAAGACACGUAUGCACAAUUGAGAAAACUUGACCCAACUUUAGCUUAAAGCCAGUUAUUUUAGGAAUGAUUUGGAUCUUUCU